AGAGUGCUGUGACAAGAGACGACCAGAGAGUGCAAAGAGACAACCAGAGAGUUCAGAGAGAGAGACAAACAGAGAGUGCUGGGACAAAAGACAACCAUAGAGAGAGAGAAGUAAAAGGGCAACCAGAGAGUGCAAAUAGACAACCAGAGAGUGCAAAGAGACAACCAGAGAGUGCAGAGAGACAACCAGAGAGUGCAGAGAAACUUCCAGAGGGAGAAAGAGACAUCCCAAGAGUUCAGAGAGAGACAACCAGAGAGUACUGGGACAAGAGACCACCAGAGAGAAAGAGACAACCAGAAGGACAACCAGAGAGUGCAAAGAGACAACCAGAGAGUUCAGAGAGAGACACAACCUGAGAGUGCUGGGACAAGAUACAACCAUAGAGAGAGAGAGUGCAAAGAGACAACCAGAGAGUGCAGAGAAACUUCCAGAGGGAGAAAGAGACAACCCGAGAGCACCAGAGAGAAAGUGAGAUGUAGAAGGGCAGCCAGAGAGUGCAAAGAGACAAUCCAAGAGUUCAGAGAGAGACACAACCCGAGAGUGCUGGGACAAGAGACCACCAGAGAUCUCCAGAAGAGACAACCAAGGAGUGCAGCACGAGAGUGUCGGAUGGAGAGAUGACCACCGGAGAAUUCUCCAAUAUGGUCAUCAUCAAAGAAGAGCCGGUGCCCACCCAUUGGCCGAGCUGGCCCAGCGAUCCCGGCGUCACCGCGACGAAACGCGAGGAGGGAGCCUCGUGGGGCGCAGAAGGUCUUCAGCCGCUGGCCCUGCUGGAAAUGAAGAAGCUCUUCUGCUGCCCCGUGUGUGGUAAAGGAUUCGCCCAGAGACACAAUCUGGUGAAACAUCAGCGGAUCCACAGCGGCGAGCGGCCGUACGCCUGCGACCAAUGCGGGAAGAGCUUCAUCCAGAAGCAGCACCUCACCAAGCACCAGCGGCUGCACACCGGCGAGCGGCCCUACGUGUGCCAAAUCUGCGGCCGCGGCUUCAGCCUGAAACACAACCUGACCACACACAUGAGGAUUCACACCGGAGAGAAACCGUACCCGUGUGCCGAAUGCGGCAAGAACUUCAGCCGCCGCGUCAAUCUCCGCACUCACCAAAAGUCUCACCAAAAGAAGCGCUUCCCAGAGAAGAACAACAAGCCGUCGACCACCCAAGGGCCAAAUCUGAGCCGCAAGACCGCCGCCGCCCGCUCCGUAAAACUUCCAGAUUGCGACAACCUCAAAGAGGAGCCAGACGCGGGAUACGCCGCGAUCGACUGGCAAACCGGUCACCUUAUUCCCAAAGAGGAACCUUCGCUGGUGGGAUAUUUAGAAAACCACCAGCAGAUCGAGAACGUGGCUCUCAAAGAAGAACCGCACGCCGGAUUUACGGUCAACGAAUGGGAUCCCACCAUUGAUCCCGCCCAGGACGGGCCAAGCGAUGGAUACAUAGUGAAGGUCGUGCAGAUCGAUAACGAUCCACCAGAUGCCAGCCACGCGGUCAACCCCCGACCGUUCAUCUGCCCCGAUUGCGGGAAACGCUUCGCGAACAAGCAGACGUUCAUCAACCACUACAGGAUCCACACCGGGCAAAGGCCGCACGAGUGCCCCGAGUGUGGGCGGAGCUUCGUCCAGAAGCAGCACCUCACGAAACACCUGCGCGUGCACAGCGGGGAACGCCCCUUUGUGUGCGGCCAGUGCGACCGAAGCUUCAGCAUGAAACACAAUCUCUUCACGCACCUGAAGAUCCACAGCGGGGAAAAGCCCUUCAGCUGCUCCGAGUGUAAUAAGAAGUUCAGCCGGCGGAGCACCUACCUGGCACACCAGAAAAUUCAUUACAAGGCGCCAGCGGAGCCGGGGCCCCUGGAGGGCCCGCAAAAUACCUCCAGUCCUCCGGAGAAGGUCUCAUCAACUCCUAAGAAACUCCACACCAUAAAACCGGCCAUUCCCUGGACAACCCUGGGGGGGCUGAAGAUGUACAAGUGCCACGUCUGCGCCAAGGUCUUCAAGCAGAAACACCCUCUAAUGACCCACCUCCGAAUCCACUCCGGGGAGAGGCCCUUCUCCUGCCGGGAGUGCGGCAAGAACUUCAUCCAGAAGCAGCACCUGACCAAGCACCUGCGGCUGCACAGCGGGGAACGCCCCUUUAGCUGCCAGCACUGCGGCAAACAGUUCAACAUUAAACAUAACCUGGUGACCCAUCAGAGGACCCACACCGGGGAACGGCCAUUUUCCUGCCCAGACUGCGGCAAGACCUUCAACCGGCAAGGAAUCCUCAACAUGCACCGGAGGACGCAUGACGAGGACUUCUCUGGAGACCCAACGUGUGGAAGCACAAAGACUGAGAGUCGAGACGUUGAAGCAAAGCCUCAGAAAGGUCUACAAACCACUUCACGUGACCUUGAGGUCCCCGGCCAACCAAGCCUGAGCCAACACAAAGACUCCCACACCAAGGCCACUUCACAUGACCUUGAGGUCACCUGCCAACCAAGCCUGAGCCGACACAAAGACUCCCACACCAAGGCCACUUCACAUGACCUUGAGGUCACCUGCCAACCAAGCCUGAGCCGACACAAGGACUCCCACACCAAGGCCACUUCACAUGACCUUGAGGUCCCCGGCCAACCAAGCCUGAGCCAACCCAAAGACUCCCACACCUGUCCGCGCUGUGGGCAGAUAUUUGGCCAGAGAGAGGACCUUAUCCAGCAUGAACAUCUUCACAAAGGGGAGCGGCUGUACGUCUGCCACCAGUGCGGGAAAAGGUUCCUCCAGAAGAAGAACUUGACCAAACACCAGAGGCUCCACAUGGGCUACAAGCCCUUCACCUGUAACAUCUGCAAUAGAAGCUUCAGUCUGAAACACAACCUGGUCACCCACCAGAGGACCCACACCGGGGAAAAGCCCUUCCUGUGUACACAGUGUGGUCGAGGCUUCAGCCGGAGAGAGACGCUGAAUAACCAUCGAAAGAGCCACCAAGUCCAACAGAACAAAGGUGGCGCCGCUAGGCCCAAACCCAUCCCUGGCAAGAAGAAACAUUUAAACAAUGGCCAUACCUCACCAGAUGGACAACAGGACAUAACCAGCCACCAGGCUCCUCAAAAUGAUGACACCGCCCCUGAGGAGCAACAACCCGUACUUGACCUCCAGAUCCAACCAACCAAUGGAGAAGCUGAGCUGGAGGUGCAGCAGCCUGUGGCCUCCCAGGAUCAUAUCAGGAUCUUCAUAUGUCCCAUGUGUGGGAAGUCCUUCAACCAGAAGCACACGCUGAUCAACCACCUCCGGAUCCACUCCGGGGAAAGGCCUUACUCCUGCCACUUAUGCAGGAAGAGCUUUAUCCAGAAACAACACCUGACCAAGCACAUCCGCCUUCACACCGGCGAGAGGCCGUAUGCCUGCCAUGAGUGUGGGCGGAGCUUCAGUCUGAAACACAACCUGACCACUCACCAGAGGAUCCACACCGGGGAGCGGCCUUACCCCUGCAACCACUGCGGGAAAAGGUUCAACCGCCGCAGCAUUCUCCUGAGCCAUGAGAGGACUCAUCUGCUGGUCCCACCACCGUCGGCUGGAACCGGUGAGCUCCAGCUCACAGCGGAGUAUCCAGUGCCGUGAUCCAUGAAGGAGGAGGUUGUCAACACUUUGCCAUGGUGACGUCUCUGACACCCAACCAACCGAUCCCCAGGGAUUAAAUAUACGAAGAAGGACUUCUGCUGUGAGACCCUGGAGAACAGAAACUCCGGAAGAACCAGAUUCCAGGUCUCCUCCGCUGCCGAAAUCUGACUUUCCACCUCCAGGAUUUAUACCUGACCAGGCCAUAUCGGCCUGAGAUCUCUGACCCCGGCCUGGAAGAUUUCCACAGACGGGGCGCCACUUCUAUGAUCUGGAGGUAUCUGUCCAUCUGUGGCCUCCCGUGCACAGACGUUAAAGAAGAACCCCAGGCAGACACCUUAAUUCACAAGUGAUCAGCCGAUAGUGUGACCGGCACAGAAAGCUCCUCCCACUCCACUGCAGCAUUGUCCAGGACACACCCCCUCCUGGUGACUGAACGAUAAAGAAGGAGCGGCACAGUGAUGAGGUGAUCCCUCUGCUGCCACCUCCUGUCACCACAUCUGCACUGCAAGUAGAGAGUUUAAUUAGUCCCCAUUACUCCCCCAUCCUCUCCCAAAGUGCUGCCCUUCCUGCCCUGUCCUGGAGAGCGUCCCUUCCCUCUCCCGGAGCGUGUCCCUUCCCUCUCCCGGAGAGUGUCCCUUCCCUCUCCCGGAGCGUGUCCCUUCCCUCUCCUGGAGCGUGUCCCUUCCCUCUCCCGGAGCGUGUCCCUUCCCUCUCCCGGAGCGUGUCCCUUCCCUCUCCCGGAGCGUGUCACUUCCCUCUCCCGGAGCGUGUCCCUUCCCUCUCCGGGAGCUUGUCCCUUCCCUCUCCCGGAGCGCGUCCCUUCCCUCUCCCGGAGCGCGUCCCUUCCCUCUCCCGGAGCGCGUCCCUUCCCUCUCCCGGAGCGCGUCCCUUCCCUCUCCCGGAGCGCGUCCCUUCCCUCUCCCGGAGCGCGUCCCUUCCCUCUCCUUCCCUCUCCCGGAGCGUGUCCCUUCCCUCUCCCGGAGCGUGUCCCUUCCCUCUCUCGGAGCGUGUCCCUUCCCUCUCUCGGAGCGUGUCCCUUCCCUCUCUCGGAGCGUGUCCCUUCCCUCUCCUUCCCUCUCCCGGAGCGUGUCCCUUUCCUCUCCCGGAGAGUGUCCCUUUCCUCUCCUGGAGCGUGUCCCUUCCCUCUCCCGGAGCGUGUCCCUUCCCUCUCCCGGAGCGUGUCCCUUCCCUCUCCCGGAGCGCGUCCCUUCCCUCUCCCGGAGCGCGUCCCUUCCCUCUCCCGGAGCGCGUCCCUUCCCUCUCCCGGAGCGCGUCCCUUCCCUCUCCCGGAGCGCGUCCCUUCCCUCUCCCGGAGCGUGUCCCUUCCCUCUCCCGGAGCGUGUCCCUUCCC